AUCAUCAUACGAUCACCCAAUCUGCAAAUUUGAUUCAUAUGAUCAUCCAAUCCGAAAAAAAGGCAUAUAUUCGCUCACUCUGGCGAUUUGAUUCGGCGGUUCUCAAGGUCGUCUGGUUCGAUUCGGUUCCACAUCGAGCGGCGCGUUGCAACUCCGCCGUCGCCGUCGGGAAAACCAGAUGGCGGCGAGCUCAAAGGAGAAGAUCGUUUCGGUGGUCAUGGUGGGCGGGCCUACAAAAGGUACUCGAUUCAGGCCGCUAUCUUUCAACACUCCGAAACCAUUGUUCCCUUUAGCCGGCUUGCCUAUGGUUCAGCAUCAUAUUUCUGCUUGUAAAAGGAUACCCAACUUAGCAGGAGUAUUUCUUAUUGGAUUUUAUGAGGAGCGGGAAUUCACACUAUAUGUGUCUUCAAUUUCUACUGAGCUCAAAGUUCCUGUCAGAUACUUGAGAGAAGAGAGGCCUCAUGGUUCUGCUGGAGGAUUCUACUACUUUAGAGAUCAGAUUAUGGAAGACUCUCCUUCCCAUAUAUUUUUGCUGAACUGUGAUGUAUGCUGCAAUUUCCCACUGACAGACAUGCUUGAGGCCCAUAUAAGGUAUGCUGGGAUGGGUACUUUGCUUGUUAGUAAGGUCUCUGCUGAAUCUGCUAACCAGUUUGGUCAGUUGAUUGCCGAUCCAGUUACCAAAGAACUAUUGCAUUAUACAGAGAAGCCUGAGACAUUUGUUAGUGACCUCAUCAAUUGUGGUGUUUAUGUUUUUACACCAGAAAUUUUUAGUGCUAUCCAGAAUGUAUACACUCACAGGGAAGGUACUCUACACCAUCUCUCUAGCUUUGAAGCAAUCCAGUCCGAAACAAGGUCACUGCAUAGAGAUUUUGUUAAGAUGGAUCAAGAUAUCUUGUCACCUUUUGCUGGAAUGCAGAAAUUGUACACAUAUGAGACAUUGGACUUCUGGGAACAGAUCAAGACUCCAGGGAUGUCUUUGAAAUGUUCUGCUUUGUAUCUUAAUCAAUUCCAUUACACCUCACCUGAACUCCUUGCCCGGGGAGAUGGCACUGAGAGUGCUUCAAUUGUUGGCGAUGCUUAUAUUCACCCCUCUGCAAAAGUACAUCCAACAGCAAAGAUUGGACCAAAUGUAUCAGUAUCUGCAAACGUUCGUGUAUCUGCUGGGGCAAGGCUAAUAAGUUGCAUAAUCUUAGAUGACGUUGAAAUCAUGGAUAAUGCAGUUGUCAUGCAUGCUAUUGUAGGAUGGAAGUCAUCCCUAGGAAAAUGGUCCCGUGUUCAGGGAGAUGGAGAUAACAACUCAAAACUAGGAGUUACAAUCCUUGGGGAAGGCGUGAGCGUUGAGGACGAGGUUGUGGUUGUAAACAGCAUAGUUCUUCCACAUAAGACGCUCAACGAAAUUAAUUCCCGUUAGAGCGAGAGACCAAGGGUUGUAGUCCGUGACGUUUCCUAUCAUCGCCGGCCGACUACUCCUGGCGAGUGAAAGAGCGUGAAACAUACCAACGGAGAGAGGACGACAAUCGCUUCAAUCCGACGUGCAUCACUCAUCCGAUCACAUCCGAAGCUCGAUAGUCUCUCGGCUUUUGUAGAGUUCAGAAUGAUCCGUAGUGAAGUUAUACAGGAGAUGAAGAGAAACCAAUUUUGCCAGGAUAUCAAUUUGGACAUUCUAAUUGGUAGCUUAGUUGGUGGUACUGGAGUAGGAAAGACAUCACUCAUCUCAGCAAUGUUUGGGGAGAUUUCAUCUGUUACAGAUUCAAAUGUUGUAAUUAGAGGAACUGUGGCUUAUAUACCACAUUAAUCUUGGGUUUUUAAUGCAACACUUUGUAACGUUCUUUGUGACGGGCUAAGUCCUCUCACAAUUUUCACUAAUGAACUUCUGUAACAUGA